AUGGACGCGCCCGUGGAUUUUGACCUCAACGAAGCGAUAAAGCUGUUCGACAGCGAUCCUUCGACCAUUCCCACGCCAGAGGCUCCACAAGCGCUGCAAGACUGCGAAGAUGACCCAGAAUUGCUGUCGUCGCCCGGGUUGGUCAACGGGGAGCUGAAUCCCGUUGUCGACGCCGUUGCGGAGAGCCCAGAUGCGAUCACUCGCAGCUCUGUAUUCGAUACACUCCAGUUCCUACUCAAGUGUGUACCUACCUAUCCGGAACACUACAAGCUAUGGAAGACAGACCCUAACUGUAGCCUCUUCGCUCUCUCUAGGCUCUCUUCACAGAUACCACCGGCAGCUCUCAGCAAGAUCCUCGACCUCAUAGUAUCGGCAUUAUCGACACAGGCCGACAUCAUACACGCAGACUUGGAAGCAGAAGAUCAGGAUGCGAUCCCACACCACAAGAACAUUCUCGAAAUGUAUGCCUUCCUCCUCCGAUGGACAAUAUCGGCGGUGGAGACGAGAGCACUUGAGAAGUCUGCAUCAGCACCAGCAGCCCGAGGGCGGGGCAAAGGCACGAAGACAAAGUCAGGCGUGGGCAAAGAUGGUAGCUGGGAUGCUUCGGCGCAGCUGGAGACGGCCCUCAAUCAAAUGAGCAAAGUGCUAAAGCUCAAGCUGGGCCGCAUUUUCGUUACCACGUCGGAGCGGGACACCUUUAUCGGCUUAUUCACCAAACCAGUAUACCACAUCCUCGAGAAUGAGGCUAGAGUCAAGAAUAGUGCGAUACGGAACCACUGCUUCAGAGUUCUAUGCAUCGCCAUAAAGCACCAUGGACAAGCCUACACUGCACAGACUUCGAUCAACCAGAGCCUGACAUAUUUUGAGCACCUUUCCGAACCAAUGGCUGAAUUCCUGUUCACUCUGGCUGAUGCUUACGAAUACCCACAAUUGACCGAGGACGUCCUAAAAGACAUCAGCGGAAAGGAAUACAGCGCUACAGAUCUCAAGGGGCCAAAGUCAAUUUCGACGUUUCUCACCAAAAUCUCCGAGUUGACUCCGCACCUCGUCAUUAAGCAGAUGACCUUGCUUGCAAACCUGUUGGAUAGCGAGUCGUAUACCCUCCGAUGCGCGCUAAUUGAAGUAUGCGGGAACUUGAUUGUCAUGCUGAGCAAACUCAGCCAAGACGAUCGCAGCGAAAACCACAAAGCGCAGAUUCGCAUUUUCUUCGACGUACUUGAGGACCGAUUUCUCGACAUCAACCCUUACUGCCGCUGCCGAGUGAUGCAGGUCUACGUGAAACUUUGCGAUCUCGAACAAAAGUAUCCCAAGCGCCGACAGAAGGUUGCCGAACUCGCUGCACGAAGUCUCGAGGACAAGAGCAGCAAUGUACGUCGAAAUGCCAUAAAGCUACUUGCAAAGCUCGUCUCAACACAUCCGUUUACCGCAUUUGAUGGCGGGCUGCUCUCAACCAAGGACUGGACACAGAGGUUAGAGGAUUGCGAAGAGCAGAUAAACACAUUGCAACCCCCAGAGGAGUUACGAGAACGUGCGCCAGGCGACCAGACUGUUGAUGAAACUUUAUUGCAGGAUGCGACGCAAGCCGAAAAUGGAAGCUCCCAAGAGCCGAAGCAGCCCUCCGAAAUGACCGAAGAGGAAAGAGCUGCUGUGAUCGAGAAAGGCCAAAAGGACGUUGCGACCGCGCAAGAGCUUGCGAAGUUUCAAACGAUGCGGAAGUUCUUACUGGAAGCACUCAAGUUCAUUGAGGUCAUCGAUGAGGCCGCUGAGAUAGUCACUCAUCUGCUAUCUUCCAAGAAUAAGAGCGAGGUCAUUGAAGCCAUGGACUUUUUUACAACAAUAGACGCCCACAAAGUCGCGAAUUCGAGGCUCGGUAUUCGAAGAAUGCUACGUCUAAUCUGGACGAAGGGUAAUAGUGACGAAGGCAAGGGCGUACAGACACACCUAAUCGAAUGUUACAAAGGCCUCUUCUUUGAUGCACCUCCAGGAUUCGAUGCAAACGCAGUCGCCAACUACAUUUCCAAGAACAUGAUUAGUCUGACUUUCGGUACAACACCUGCCGAACUCACCUCCCUCGAGCAGCUUCUCAGUACCAUGAUGACGCAGGGUCACGUCAACGAACUAGUCAUCCAGAAACUAUGGCAGAUUUAUGGAUACCAAAGGAAGGAUAUCUCCAAGAAUCAGCGUCGGGGAGCUAUCAUUGUCCUUGGCAUGUUCGCACUCUCAUCUCCAGGCAUUGUUGUGCAGGAGAUGGAGGCUUGCCUACGCAUCGGCCUUGGAGAGCUAGGCCGCCGGGACUUGGGUUUAGCUCGCUAUACUUGCAUUGCCUUACGUCGGAUAAGUCCGCCACCCGGCAAGCAGGCAGCUACUACUACUAAUACUCUGGCGAAGGUUGUUAAGCUCCCCAACGAUCACGCAGUGUUGGUGAGACUGGCCGCUAUUGUCGAAAUGGAAUCGGAUAGUAACGAGUGGUUUGGAGUCGCAGAACAGGCCAUCAGCGCGAUCUACGUCUUAUCGAAACACCCAGAUGUACUCUGCUCACAAAUCCUUCGGCGCGUCACCAAACGCGUGUUUGCCGCACCUAUACAGUCUCGGCCUACAUCAAGAUCUAGUGUUGAUGAUGCAAGCCAACUACCAAUGCCAACCGAAGAGGCAGUAAUAGAAGACAGGGCAAAUGAGGAAACACAACCGAAAAAACAAAACUCUGCCCUUGGGUUGUCGCAACUCCUGUUCACUGUGGGGCAUGUCGCCAUUAAGCAAAUCGUCCACCUCGAACUCUGCGAGCAUGAAUUCAAGCGCCGAAAAGCUGAGAAGGAUAAGAAGCCGGCUCCGACACCCCGAGAGUCGAUGGCUUCCACGGUGGAGCCUACACCCAUCAAGAAAGGGCGCAAACGUGGUGCUACCAAGGAGCCGAUGCCCGCGCCUGAAGAGGCAGUGGAUGAAUUGGAUCUCAUGGCGGGUACCACUGAAGAUGACUUCACAGAUGCCAUCGCGCAUAUCCGUGAACGCGAACUCCUUUUCGGUCCUCAAUCCCUCCUUGCGAACUUUGGCCCGCUUGUCUCCGACUUAUGUGCAAACAACACCUCGUACAAUAACUCGACCUUACAAGCACAAGCUGCACUUUGCUUGGCCAAGCUCAUGUGCGUGAGCUCAGAAUACUGCGAGAACAACCUGAGUUUGCUGCUCACUAUCCUUGAGCGCAGUCAAAAUGCUGUUGUCCGCAGCAACCUUGUUGUCGCUCUUGGUGACAUGGCUGUCUGCUUCAACCACCUCAUCGAUGAGAACACUGACUUCCUCUACCGCCGUCUAAACGAUGGGGAUGCGAGCGUCAAGCGAACUUGUCUAAUGACAUUGACCUUCUUGAUCUUGGCCGGUCAAAUCAAAGUCAGGGGUCAGCUCGGUAAGAUGGCUAAGUGUCUCGAGGAUAGCGACAAGAAGAUCGCAGAUAUGGCGCGCAUGUUCUUUACCGAGUUGUCUACAAAAGACAAUGCUGUCUACAAUCAGUUUGUCGACAUGUUCAGUGUGCUCAGUGCAGACUCUGCACUGAAUGAAGAUGCGUUCAAGAGAAUUAUCAAGUUCCUAGCUGGGUUCAUCGAGAAGGACAAGCACGCCAGACAGCUGUCAAGUAAGCUCGCUUCUAGGUUACCUAGAGCAGAGAACGAGAGGCAAUGGAACGAUGUCGCGUAUACCCUGGGUCUCCUCCAACACAAAGACGAGGAUAUUCAGAAGAUGGUAACCGAAGGCUUUAAAGUCGUCCAAGCGGCGGCCUAG